AAAUCUAUCAAAUUCCUCUUCAAUGGAAGAUUUUUAUUUGGUUUUGUUCAUAUAAAAAAGUCUAUGCUUUUAUAAAUAUCCUAUCGCCCUCCUCCUCCUGCAACAAAAAGCAUCGAUCUUUCUGUAAAUUUUCCCAAGAAAAUAGUCUGCAAAAGCUCUGAACAUCACUUCCAAGUUCAUAUCCGUCCACUUUGAAAGAUGGCGACGAUAGGGAACGUCAAGAAAAUCGUCUCGAGAGCGAUAUCGAUCUCGAUGCCAAGUAUCGCCUUCUUCGGGAGACUCGUUUUCGCCUUUGUGUUCAUCCUCUCCGCAAUCCAAGCGUAUGCCGAACAUUACGGAGACGGAGGUCCGCUCGAGAAAACCGUCGGGCCGAUAGUUAAUGUCGUGACCAAACUCGGCUCGAAGGUUCUCACUUUCUUCACCGGAAUGCAAGUGGUUUCUUUCGAUGUGAGAUUGCUAGAAUUCACCUUCAUAAGCGCAAAGGGGACUGCAGGCUUGUGGUUCAUCUUUGGAGGGUCAAUCCCUGCUUAUUUCUUGCUCGUAACUCAAGUUAUCUCCACGUUGAUCCCCUUGCCGACGAACUCGCACGACUUCGCUCAGAACCUGACGCUUAUCGGGGCACUGCUCUUCUACAUCGGUUACAAGCACGCCAUUGAUGAGCUUCUUGAAGCAGAGAAGAAGAAGAAGAAGGAAGAGUAAGACAAGCCUUCAGAUUCACAUUGCUGUUUCCAAAUCUCAUCUAUCAGACAACUCAGUUUGAGUUAUGGACACUGUUUGUUCAGUUCAUGUCUUCCAUCUCUGCUGUCCAUUUGCCUUUGGAUAAACUUUUUUUUUUUUGGAAGAAUGUCUAUUACAGAGAAAGUAAAAAAAGUUUGGAACUGAA